AUGUCCAUUAUGCGAACGUAUAAUACAUCGGCUCAAACGGUGCAAGCUACUGGUUUCGGUGUUAAAAGAGUUCGAGUUUAUUCUCGAAAUAUUUUAUUAGACUGCCAAAUUACUGCAACAGCCGGUGUCCAGUAUUCUAAAUCAUGGGACCGCAAUGGCAAUAUUCAAAUCUCGAACUCUAGUCGUUUUUCUAUAUUACAAAAUGGUUUACUAAUUAGAACAGUACAAGUUGGUGAUAAUGGAACUUAUACGUGCACUGUUCGGUAUGCAGAUAAUAAUAACAACCCGAAAUCUACACUUGCAAAAGGCGAUUUAAUUGUAGAAGCGCCACCAUCACCACCAACUAAACCGAUUGUUACUGCAAUCAGUUCUAAAUCGAUAAUAUUAUUAUGGAAUCCACCUUUAAGUAGUGGCAAUUCGCCUAUAACAACUUAUAUUGUCGAAUACCGUACAGCAAGCACCUCAUGGGCAACUGUCCUACAAACCUUAUCCAAUAACAAUGUAAAUAUAUCUAAUUUACGGCCCAAGACAUUUUACUACUUUCGCAUUAAAGCUGCCAAUAUUGUUGGAACUGGAAGUGAAAGCCCAUUCACCACUGUAGAAACUUUACAAGCAGAACCUUCUGCUCCACCACAAAAUAUUAAUAUAGUCGCUCUCCAAGUUAGCAAUACCUUAAGAAUAUCGUGGCAACCCCCACCGGUCGAUCAGCAAUAUGGCACCAUAGCAGGCUACAAUAUAGCUUACAAGCCAAGUGGCGUACAAAGUAUCGAUUUUGAAAUGAUUAAUAUUGGUGGUAGCACCACUACAGCUGAUUUAAACAAUUUAAGCCCUUACACAACAUAUUCCAUUAAAAUUCGAGCCAAUAAUAGCAUUGGUUUCGGGCCAUACAGCCAAAUUUACGAGAAAAGGACGCGAGAAAUAGAUCCGCAGGCAUCUCCACAACAAAUUCGAGGAAACAGUGUAACGUCAAGUGUUAUAACACUAACUUGGCAACCACCUGAUCCGUUUCAAACUUAUGGGUCAAUCAUUCGAUAUCAGAUACGAGCUCAAUUGACAAGUAAUACCAAUAUUGUAAGAUAUUUUGAUCAAGCAUCUGAUAGCGCAUCCAUUAUUCAGCGUGGAAAUGCUACCAAUUUAAAUAAAUUUACUACUUAUACAAUGACGGUUCGAGCAUAUAAUAGUGCUGGUCCUUCACCUUGGAGUUCGUCUAUUCGUACAACAACCUUAGAAGACAUUCCAGGAACUCCUUCAGGAGUUACAAUUUUAGAAAUUACUGAUCGAACGAUACGACUAUCAUGGAAUACUCCAAUAGAUCAGAAUGGAAUUAUCAUCAGUUAUAGACUUCGUCAAUGCUUGUUUAACACUAGCACUUGUAGUACUUGGCAAAUUUAUUCCAACACCACGUUUUCUGGAGCUCUUAGCUCGUUACAAGCUAACACUAAUUAUGGCAUACAAUUAGCAGCAAGCACAAGCGUUGGAUUUGGCAAAAUGUUUCAACAAAGUGUCACAACAGCUCUGCCAAUUAAUCUGCCGGAAGCCCCUGGUAGACCUAGUCCAACUGUACAAUCGGCAACAUCGGUUUCACUAUCAUGGUCACCCCCGAUCUCAACUGGAUCUGGUUUACUAUCCCAUUAUAAAUUAACUUAUAAUAAACGAGCAGAAAGUACUUGGACUCAAAUUAAUGUGCGUGCCAAUGAGACACAAUAUACGGUUACAAAUUUAGCACCUUAUACUUAUUAUCGAUUUCGGGUCUAUGCCGUCAAUACCUUGGGCUCAGAAACCCCUAGUCCGAUUACAUCCUAUAUUUUGACGUUUGAAGCAAUUCCUUCAGCAGCGCCUCAGAAUGUCGUUGCUAUCCCCAUUCGAGAUACUAGCCUAUUAAUCAAGUGGCAAGCACCCCCAAGCAGUCAUUGGAAUGGUAUACUAUUAGGUUAUACUAUCGUUUAUCAACAGCGUGGAUCAACUUUGGAGCAAUCAGUCAACGUAGAUGGUGCAGAAAAGGAUAGCUUUCAAUUUAGUCAGUUGUUAACUAAUACUGACUAUGAAAUUCGAAUUCAAGCGCGGAAUAGCCGUGGAGGUGGAGUAUUUAGUCGUCAAAUCAUAGCUCGUACUCGUGAAAGAGCUCCAUCUCAGGCUCCAUCUCCGAUUACAACAAAGUCAAUUAAUGCGACUGCGAUAGAAGUGAAAUGGGGGCUUAUUCCUGAUGGUGCUGCACGUGGUAUUAUUAUGGGAUACAAGAUUCGAUAUUGGCGAGAGAUAGUCGCUGGCAUAUCCAUCAGAAACGUUAAUAACGCCACAGCAACUUCUACAAUAAUAAGUGGUUUAGUCAGUGAGCGGUCGUACUAUGUACAAGUUUUAGGCUAUACGUCUCGAGGAGACGGUCCGGCAAGUUCACCACCAAAUUACGUCUACGUAUCUCCCUUAAUUCCAUCAGCUCCACAAGGCAUUACCUUCAGUUCGAUUUCGUCUAAUUCUCUUCGAAUUAAUUGGGUUAUGCCAUACCGACCUAAUAAACCAAUUCUUCAAUUUCGAAUUGGUUUUGCUCUUAAUUCUGCCACGCAGCUACAAAAUAUUUACAUUGCUGGAAAUAGUACAUUUAACUUUCGUCAUAACAAUUUGCUAUCCCGGCGUGAUUACAAAUACCAAGUUUGUGCAGAAAAUGCUGCUGGAUGGGGAUGUAGUCUUUUCUACAUUGUUAGAACUGAAUCUACUAUCGGAUCAAUCCCAGCUCUAGCUCAAUCAAUACGAUAUCCGGCAGAGACUAUUGGAGCUCAAUCAUUUGUUAUGUUAUGGAAUAAUCCAGCAGGUACUUAUCCAAUCCGUUAUUACAGAGUUCGCUAUAGUAGUGAUGGAAGUACAUGGUUCGUUUUGGAUGAGCUCAUUCCUCCAUCCCCUACAAGUUUUAUACUACGUGGUUUUCAGCCUAAUACCCGCUAUUUUCUGCAAGUUAUUUCAACUAAUGAUUAUAAUAAUGGAUUUUGGAGUAGCUCAAUCCAAGCACAAACUUUACCAACUUGGCCAAGUCAGGUUCCAUCUAACGUUUUAGCGCAAGUUGAUAAUUCAACGACUAUCCUCGUUACGUGGACAGGCAUUUCUACAACCGGCUUUAAUGGUGUUCCACUUGGUUAUCGCUUGCGAUAUCGAAUUGUCGAUAAUGCUAAUGUUUACACAGUUCUUCAAUCAGCAAAUACAACAGCAUUUCGUUAUUAUAUACAAGGUUUAUUACAAUAUUCUACUUAUGGGGUCUCUGUUGCCGCAUACAACAGUAAUGGUACUGGGCCUUAUAGCAAUGAAGUGACUGUUCAAACUCAAGCUUCCGCUCCAUCAGCAGCCCCAACUGAAUUAAAUAUAGUAUCCAAAACGGCUACGAGCGUAACCCUAAGUUGGACAGCACCACCAUCUAAUACGCAUAACGGAGUACUAAGGGGAUAUUUGAUUGACUUCUGGCUUGUACAGAAUAAUUCAACAAAGAAGCAAGUUAACACCAAUUCUAUCAUUACACAAUACACUAUCAACAAUUUAAGGAGUUUUGCUGAGUAUGCUGUAUUAGUUAAGGCUUUUAAUGGAUUUGAAGGACCUGCAAGCGUCACUGUUCGAGUUACUACUUCGCAGUCAGUACCUGGAGCGCCUUUCGACAUUGCAGCCGAUAAUGUCGAACGGACAACUGUUGCAGUGACAUGGUUACCACCUGAUCGACCCAAUGGUGAAAUUACAAGUUAUGAAGUUCAAUUUGGUUUAAAUACCGCUCGAGAACUAAAUACUCAAGUCGUGCCAGACCCUAAUCAACGUCGGUUGAAUAUCGCUAUGUCAUGGAAUAGUACUUCUAUUAUUUCUAUACGAGCUAGGAAUAGCAUUGGCUUUGGAGUGAAAUUAACCAAAUACUUUGUUAAUGUUUAUCAAUAUGUGCGUCUCCAAUACAGCGGUACAUCAGUUGGCAGCGUUACAUUGACGUGGACACCAGCGAUACCAAGACUAAUGCCUAAUCAGACAAACUAUAUCGAAUAUCAAGACAUAGCUAAUAAUUCCAAUUGGAUAUCAGCCGCAAAUGAAAUUCCAGUUGCUUCGACAUCAUUUCAGCUAACUGGUUUAAAGUUGAACACAAAAUAUCGAUGUAGACUUAUUGUGAAAAGUGCAGAUAAAGCUUAUAUUAAAUCUGUGAUUGGGAUUGCACAGGGUGAAACAAUAACGGGUAGUGGUAGUCAGCAAUUUUAUCAACAAUGGUGGUUUAUUGUCAUCAUAGCUGUGAUCUGCUUAAUUGUCCUCAUUUUGUUAAUUGCUACAUUAUAUUGGCGAGGAAAAUCAGAACCUAAUAAAAAUACUGUAAUCUUUAGACAUCCAGAGGCAAGAAAUUCACAAAUAUCUGAGGUUCGUACAGGACCAGUUGGCGAUAUGGAUUUAAAUGGAUCAAUGAAUGGGAUUCCAUUGACAGCGAGAAGUUCGUAUCAAGGUAGUGGUUAUGAUAUCAGAAGUACAAUUCCAUCCGAAAUGCCUUCCUCUAGGCCACCUUCAACUGGACUUCCGUCUCAUAUCAACGAUGGAUUUAGUGAUGAAGAAGAUGAACGGUCUAUGAGCCAUCAUCCAUUGACUGAUGACGAUCAUUACCAGAGACCCCCAAUUGAUGUUCGCCAGAAUGGACUAAUUCAACGAACUACUAUGAAUCGUUUCAAUGAAUUGGUUAUCGAUGAAACUUCUGAAGAAAACGAUGAUGGUGAUGAAACUGACUAUCAACAGAAUCGUAGUUUCUUUGUGACAAGACGUCAAGUUGAUAGACCUAACAAUGCUGUAAAUAAUUAUAAUAAUCGAUCACAAGGACAACAUUCAAAUCAAUUACCUCCUCAUUUAAGAUCGAAUGGAUUUCUUGUAUCUAAUCAGACCACUGCUCCAUCGUAUAGCAAUAGCAAUAAUGGCACUAAUGGCAGUAAUGGCAAUAGAGUAACCGUAAAUAAUAAUCGAAUUGAUCCACCGCCUUUUACAAUCACGAAAUUAAGUGCUCCUAGAGCAACUGUAACAACUGACGAUGAUAGUGAAUUCGACGAUCCUCAACGGUUAAGAUCACGUUUUAACCAACCACCUUCUAGCCUAUCAGAAUUACCUUCUCGUCGGCCAAAUCGUCUAUUGACUUCUCACUCACCAUCUAGCCAAUCUCGUGAUGCUAUAGCUUCUGAUUCGCUGCCACAAUCACCUCGUGGCCAUUUAAUUUCCCGUUCACCACCUCGUUCACCUCCUCGUUCACCUACUCGCGGUGUACCUCGUUCACCAGUACGUUCUCCGACACGCUCGCCACCGAGGCGUGGAAGAAAUACCAAUGUUGUACCUAACGGAAGGGAGAAUCCAUUAUAUAGGCAAGAAUCACCUCCACCGAGAGGUAGAGGAAUGCCAAUGAGAGGUAGAACAAAUGGCGUUCAUCAACCACCUAUUAUGCAACGUAGUAAUGGACAACCGCAUUUCAACGAUUCUCCAUCACUAUCUGAAAGUGAUGGCGAUCAAUUAGAUGAUGAAAGAGUAACUGGUGCAAUUCCACAGCGCAAUCAGCCUUUGCCGAUUCCACCGCAACGUACGGAAUCGUUAAGGGGCAAAAAAUCAACUCUUGCUAAUGUAUCUAGAGGUCGAGGUCGAAACAGCCGUGGUAGCAAUCUUCGUGAUCGAUUAAAGCGAUUGCCUCAAAAGCGGUCAUCGUUUCCAUAUCGUAUAGAACAUUUACGUCACGAUAACGAAAGCGUUCAAAGUACUGAUAGUUCUAUACCUUCAAUGUUAGAAGAGCCGAGAAAUGUGCGAAGUCCACGCCAAUUUACUCAACGUGAUAUUGUACAAAACUAUCGUGAUAAUGUUGUUCGCGCAUCUAUGAGACUGAAAGGGCUAAAGCAUCAAAAUGGAAAUAUUCGUUCUAACCUAAAUAAAAAUCCCCCACGUACGAAUGGAAAUCUUCGAACGAAUGGAAAUGUACGCGGUGGUGGUAGGGCAACGGGUAUUCCCUCUGUUUACUAUCACAGCGAGCAAGGUCGUGUUAAACCAGGAUUACCAGAUCCUUCGUAUUUUAUAUAA